GGAGCGGCGGAGGGCCGCGGCGAGCCUGGCGCCGCAGCCGCUAACGCGCCGCGUCGCCCUGCGGGAGAUUUCGAGGACUGGGUCAGCGGGCCGCUCGCGAUCGCCUGGCGGCCCUACUGCCUCCUGAGCAGCAACUGUCAGCACUAUGCCCGGGACCUCCAGAACUUCCUCAUGGACCCCGACCAGACCAGCUGUUUGAAGGAUGACCGUGAGGUCGUGCUCGCGGCCGUGCGGCACGAGGGGCUGCGGCUGCGGCUGGCCGCGGAGGGCCUGCGGGCCGACCGCGGGGUGGUGCUGGCCGCCGUGGAGUGCGACGGCGAGGCGGAGCGGCCACGGCGGCGGGAGCUCUUCGGGGGCGGCAGA